GAUUUCCUAAUAGUGAUUUGUAAAAUAUUCCAAUUCUUAAUUUUAUUGUGUUCUAAAGAGAAGAUCGGAGUUUUGAUCAGUUUUAUGACUUCAUUUUCACCUUUCGCACGUUGGCUUCUAGAAUACCAAAUUAGAAAAUUUUACAAGCUUCGAAAUGAGCUCAAAGUCCGUGUCCACAACUGUAGCCAAGAAACUUAAAUAUUAUCUGGAUGUAAAAAGAAGAGAAGACGCAUUUGAUUUAUCAGGGCCAUACCUUCCAAAAGAAGACCCAACUCCWCUAAGAGCUGGUCCUACCCUAGCAUAUGAUGGUAUACACGACAGAAGYUUGAAGCACUACUUCAGAAGAAACAGUAUUAAAAAACACUUGCAACACAUGACAGUACCUGCCAUGAUGAGCAAAUCAAGGGAAAAGGCGAUUAGGCGUUAYGUAGAUGAAACUAUGGCAACCGUGGACUAUCGUCUGAAGCCRGGGCCAAUCUCUCCCUAUGCAUUUCCUCAGACAUUUAAGCCUCAGCCUCCACCACAGAGACCAAAGGCUUUGAGGACAGUAGAUGAGUAUUUUAGGACUCGUAAAGGUUCUAAAAGAAGGAAAAUGCCAGUUCAUGUUGUUGGUAAGCCAAGAAGAAUUGCAAGAAGUUCUCCCCCUGAACAUAUCCACAACUAYGAGAGAGAACGUCUUGUGAACAUGGCUAGCAAACUCAUCGUAGCCACAGAGACAGUUGCUCUUCCUCAACAAAAGAAACAAAGCAAAGGAUUUCAAACCUCAGGAAAUGAAUUCCCAAGUCUAGAGAGAAGUUCAAAAAGUACAGGAUCAAGUACUUCAGGUCAUGAGUCUGAGGGCUCAAUCAAUGGAAGAACUCCCAUGCCUCCAAGGUUUAAACGUACUUAUGCCCCACAGCAAAGGCCUCAGUCAUCAUUCUUCAAGUCCUCGUCACUGGAUGAGACGGGCAGGAAGGGGAAGAGUGGAGUUCAUGUGGUCGUCCCUGAUUCAAGUGAAAAUGAAAAAUUAAGAUUCCUGAUGGACAGGAUGAACCUYGAUGGGCGUGGCUCUAGUAUUGUCAUCUCGCCUCGUGAAAUUGAAAAGCCAAGACCAAAAAGUGCAGGGUACCCAUUAAAGAGCACCGCAAACAYGGCUGUAGAAACUGACCUCCCUGAUUACUCUGAUGAUGAUYUCUGUAGUGAYGAGGAAUCAUCACCGAGAGAGUCGGCAAGGACACCGAGGUUGUCCUGGGUCGAGAAUAAGGAGAGCGACAUGAUUGACACUUGCACACAGACUGUCGUUCAUUCAGCAACGCAAACGAAAUUCCYCGAAUACGACCAAGAACAAGGCGAAAGAGAAUUUGUUUUCCCUUCCAAACUCCACUGGGCUGACAGAGGGCAACUUGACCAGACAGACGGUAGACAGCCCGUUGUCAUAGCAACUACGGGGGCUUCGACGUCAGACGUGUUGACAAGUGGUACAUCUACCUCUGCAUCGCACGAAACGCAAACGCGAAACCGUGACCUGGAACCUACAGCGACGAGGGCUUUUGAAUUUCGAUGUAACAGAUGGUUCUCGUCAAGAGAUGAUGACGGGCAAAUCAUGCGAGAUCUUCCGCGUUACGAUACUGUACCAGCUUCUCACGCUGAUGCAAUUUURCCUAAAGAAAAAGAAAGGAAAGAGGAGUUAUAUAGUCCAAGCGACAGCGAAACGUCCAAAAGCGACAGCGAAGAGUCACCGCGAGAAAAAGAAAAAGCUUCUCGCAAGAAAACGAAACAAAAAUCAMAAAAGAAAUCAAAAAAGACAGAAAAACAAGAAGCAAAAAAGCAAGAAUUUGAGCCUCUUGAAGAACUCGGGGGAAUUAGAGGAGCAAAAGCGGAGAAUAUAUUUGAAGUUAGCGAAGAAGACGAUCAAGAUCAAGAUGAAAACGAAAACGAAGACAGAUUUUUCGAGCCUGAGGAAGAGAGUGAGUCAGAACAGAGCGAAGACGAAAAAAUAGUCAACAGAAAACCAGAGGAGGAAAAAUCAGCUGAAAAGAUAAAACCACCAAAAUACCCGAACUUAGGAUUUGCAGUUAAAACGAAAAGGUACGCGAAGAAAAACUCGAAGGUUAAAGAUGUUAAAGAAGAGGAUGAUGAAAAUAAGGACAAGCGAAAACUAGUAGAGGACGAACCUCUCGARGAUAAAGAAAGCGAAGAGAAUGAAGAAGCCAGAGAAAGCCAUGACGAAAAUAAUAACAGCGAGGAGGGAGAAGAAAAAGAAAGCGAAGAAAAGCGCGAUGAGAAAGAUGAAGAAUCUCCAAAAGAAGAAGAAAGUAAUAAACCUAAAAAAAUUGCAGGGAGCCACUUAAGAGUUGUAACUACAGCUAUUUCGCCAUUUUUGAAGAGCCGUCAAGCUGCACAGCCAUCGCCAAUAGCUGAAGAACCUUCUGAAACAUCAGAGGAUAAUCAAACGAAAGAAAAAGAAGAGGACAGCGACGAAGAUGAACCCAAAGUUGAGUUUACAUCCAAGAAUGAAAAGAAAUCUGAUGAACGGCCUUCUUCUGCUAAGAGUGAUGAAUUCGAGGAAGGCUUUCGCGCAGGUAUCCGAAAGAAGCAGGAAGACGAAAGGAAACGACACAGGGCAUCGAUAAGUGAGAGCGAGAACGUCCUGAAGAAAGGCUCUAGCAUCCACGAAGCGGCCAAGAACGGCAACCUUGAACGCAUCAAGGAACUGAUUCAAGUAGUACCAGCCAUCAAGAGCACACAAGACGAGCGAGGUAUGACGGCGCUACAUCUGGCUGCGUCUAAUGGACACCUAAACUGUGUCAAAUGGUUGGCCGUGAGUGGAGUGGACCUGGCUGACGAGACUCCGACUGGUUACACAGCCAUGCAUCUGGCAGCCAUGAAUGGCCAUGUCAACUGUAUGAUGAUCCUCGCCGCUAUGGGAAGUGCGAUUAGCUGUAAAACAAUAGAUUCUUUAACCCCACUUCACUUGGCAUCGAUGAGUGGACAUUUCGAGUGCGUUAAGUGGCUUCUGGCAAACAGGGCUCGAAUGGACGUGGAGGACAGCAAUGGUCGUACUCCGCUAGACAUCGCUGAGGAAUAUGAACACGAGCCGAUCAUUAAACUUCUUAAAAAAUUCAAAAAAGAGCUGACUCGACAAGACAGCACGCUGGCACAACUCAUGACAGCCGAAAAGAGAAGAAAAAGCAUGGAUUCCACCAGUGAUAACGAGGCUGCGCCGUCCAAGGUGUCUGACAGUGGUGUUGGUGGAAUGGAGAGUGAAGAAGACAACUGGAUAAGUGAUACAGAGGAGGAUGCAGCAGCAGAAGUAGUGAAAAAUGAAGACAAAGCGUCAACCAGAAAAGCAUCAACGCACUCGAUUACUGACCAGGAACCGUCUUCACGGAGCAGAACUGAUUCUAUCGUUUCAGCAGAGGAAAAGAAAAAAAUGUUUGAAAUGCAAAGACGGAAAAUGAAGAAACGGCAUUCAAGCUUCUUGGACAGUAUCAGAAUGGAUGUAGAUAAUGAUGACGAGUUUUAAACUGCUGUAAAUGAUUACGUCACCUCCAUCCACUUGUGGGAAGACAACUGGAUCGCUUUAGGUGUUGCCACAGGAAGCCCAUGCUCUUCUUUCGAAGAAGAACUCCAAAGUAGAAAAUGCCCAAUGUCCUUAGAUUUAAAAAAAUUAACCUUAAGACUCUUUGUAUUCAUCUUUUUUCCUGUUUGUUUAAGGACAUUGAGACGAGGUUUAGAUAUGUUCAAGUUAGUCAAGUACUUAUUUUCAGAGCUUGGGCUUGCUGUGGUACCAAAUCCAAACGAACUAUAUUAUUUAUCAAACAAAUAGCCGAGAUAAAUGUUUUAAAUUAGCACACUAGGUUCUUAGAUACUGCAAUAAUAAUUAAAAUGUCUUAAGCUGUAAGCUUAGUUACUCUGUUGUAAAAAAUACAAAAAUUUUUAGUUUUUACAUUUUUAAAUUGUAAACCUUUACUCUAGCAAUAUAUUAGAAUUUUUUAUAUCUUAUCAUUCAUUGUUUAAUUGAUUUUCACUCCUCCUAUUUAUAAGUAAU